CUCCGUUUGAAUAGCGAGAGUGCGGGAGCCAGCCACAGCGACUUACAAUUAGUGCAGCCAAGGAAACCCUCCAAAAACUUUCCCCAAAUCCCCCAACUCAGAGAGGGGUAGAGAGACCGAGGGGACUCGCAUACAAAAGCAUUCUUGAGCUUUCAGCAAAAACAAUAACUUCAGCAAAAUCAUUUACUUCAAAUACAAAUUCAGGAAGAUAGGCGGAACCGCACAGAGUCUCGCCUUAUCACAUCAGUAGGCAAAGGGAUCUCUUCACAUUUAAGUAACAUCUUCGAGGUGACCAAAAUCUCUGGGAUAGAAAAUCCCCAGCAAAACAAAUCAGCGGCACAAACAGAAAGGCGAAAAUGCAAAUCACGUGUACACUUUUCGUACUCGGCUUUCUUUUCUACAGCAUUCACGCUGAGAUUCCCACAUCAAAUGGCACGUUUGCCACUGCUGCCGUACCUGUAAACUCCAGCAUCGUUUCCGCCACCGCCAAGGCUACUUCCACUGUCAGCAUUUCCACUGCUCAUUCUGCCCUUAGUACCAUCGCUCCCUCCACCAAUUACACCUCCAUUUCUCCUGCCAAUGACAUCACCACUACUGCAAUUCACACCACCGCUUCUCCUGCGACUAACAUCCUCUCCACUCCUUCAACCACUCACACUGCCACUCCGCCUUCUGACACCACUGCUUCUCCAGUGUCUCAGACCUCCACUGAUAAUGCCACCAUCACCUCUCCUUCUAUUACGAACCACGACGCUACUUCUGCUUUCAACACCUCCACUUCUCCUGUUAUCAACCUCACCAGUCCCUCUGCUACUACUCCCGCCAUUCCUAACAACAAUACUCAAGCAACUUCACCUGCCUCCAGAGGAACUCCUGACACAUCAUCACUCUCUCCAUCAGCAAGUACUGUUGGUAGAACCUCAACACAAAAAGACCACACCUCCCAAAGCCCUUCAGAGACCACAUCCCAGGUUCUCAGUACAGCAAAAGAAACAUCAACUGUAUUCAAGCCUUCAGAACAUAGUGCAAGAACCAUCAUCACGACAAGAUACCCCAUCACCACGACAAGACCGCCCAGAACAGUCGAAGUCAACAUGAACACCCAUGACAGUAGUCUAGAGGCAAUGCUGUGCAAAAAGUUAAAGGAAGAGAUGAACAUAACAAAGGGUGCAAGGUGUCUUCUGAGUUUUUCCCCAGAUGACAAUGUGACGUCCAUGAAAUUCACCUAUGAAGUUGACACAGACAGAGCAAACAAAUACUAUCAAGAAAUCAAGAAUAUGAGUAAACACCAUGAAGAGAAUGACAGGGGAGGGCUACCCAAAGUGGUUAUUGCUGUGUUGGCCUCCGGUGGUGCCCUAAUAGCAAUUAUUAUAGGUAUUGCUGUUGCUGUUUACUGCCACCGAAGAUCACACAGGAAAAAUCAGCAACACCUGACAGAGGAGUUGCAGACAGUGGAGAAUGGUUACCACGACAACCCCACACUGGAGGUGAUGGAGGUGCAGUCUGAGAUGCAGGAGAAGAAGUUGGCACUGAAUGGAGAAUUUAAUGACAGCUGGAUCGUUCCCAUCGACAACUUGGUCAAAGAUGACAUGCCUGACGAAGAGGACACUCAUCUCUAAUGAGAAACUUGUCAGAAAUGUGGUGGCCAUGGCAAUAGACACCUACCAUUUUCAUGGAUAACUGACAAUCAUAACAGAGUUCCUAAUAACCACACCAGGUAUGAAGUCCAGUGGGUGCCAGUAAAGUAACAAAGCAUGAAGACAGGCCAUUGAUUGUGUUGUAAUUCAAAACUUCAACAGAUUUGGAAGCAAAAUUAAAAUGCACACAAAGAAAAAGCACAGACCCUUGCCAGUGCGCUUACUCAAAUGAAAAUGUGAUGAAGAAUCUGAUGAAAAUGUCACUCGACGUUUCCACGUGACUUAUCUCAGCCACGGCUGACCAGUUACCCCUGGUCCCAAUACUCUUUUAUUUCCACUCCUUUUUAUGUAUUGCACAUUCACAUAAAACAAUUUUAAGUGAUCCUCAAACUCUUCGUGCUAGAGUUACAUUUAAAAAAAACAUAACACUGCAACUGAUUUAUUGUUGUUUUUUUUUUAAUUGAAGAGAGACUUGAUAACCAGAACCUACUGCGUGACUGUUAUAUGUUAAAUGAUAAUGAUAAUUUAGACACAGACCUCAGGAUACAAGGAUACUCUUGUCCUGGCGAAUUAAACAUCAUUGAACCUGUAGAACGAACAAAGUGAGAAUGAGUUGAAUGGACCAGACUAUCCUUUGAAAAGGAGUUCUGGGAUUGUAGUUUUUAAUGUGAGCAAAUGGGAAGACAUUUCUGUAAAAAAAAAAAAAAAAAAUUCCUGUCUGACUUUUCUUUAGGUCUGUUUCAAUGUUUCCUUGAGUUGACUAUAUAUUGUAGAACACACCUUCACAGAUCUAAAUAAUUUUUCAAAUGAACCCAUAAGACAAAUCUUAUCAGAUUUGUAGGGCAGAACAUCGUAAUCGGUGUUAUAAACCAUUCCAUACAAACAUUUCUGUAAGGCAAAGCAUGUCAGUCAGGCCUCAUAAUUGCCUUUUACCCUGACCAGAAGACAUUUGGGAGUGCUUUGUAUAUAUGUAGUACAGACUGUGAUUGAUUGUAUUAUUGGAAGUGUGCUUAUGUAAAAAUAUUUCCAAUGUUGGAAGGCUGAAUUACAUGUCAGCCACAGAGCAUCCAGGCCUGAGGGCUACGCUAUUAUUACAUGUGUAGUUUCAGCACCUGCAUUUCAACAAGACAAUAAUGUUUGUUGGAUGUGAAGACGUACGUCUAGAUGUUCCAAUGUUAGCAAAAGUGAUUUUACGCUUAAAAACUAGACAAAUGAGUUUAAUUAUGACUGAGGAUAUCUUGCCAAAAUGUCAAAUGUUAAAUAUUACUGUAUACUCACUUGAUUUCCAAUCUAUGUCACUGAUGUCUAAUGUAGAUACAGUUUAGAGGUUUGACUUUCACCAAAGUGUUGACUAAGUAUUUUAUAUUCCUGUAUUUAUAGUUUGUUUGCUGACAAGACAAACAACAGGGGGUCUGAAACACUGGAAGUUGUUCUUCUCAAUUAUGAAUAUUUCUGAGAAGGGCAACCAUAUUUUCUUAUACCAAUAAAAUCAAAUUG